CGAGACGAAGUUGCACAAUUGUUAUUACGUGUAAUUGAGGCGCUCAUCAAGAGCGUAUUAUCAAUGGAUUAACGAGGAGCUGAAAUUAACGUUUUUCUGAUCAAACUACAGUCGUAUAUAUACGAAUAUAUAUGUAGAUUUUGUAGUAACACUCAAGAGACUACGAGAAUAGCCAAGCAUGAACAUGACGGAAAAGCACAGAUAUGACAUGUUUAGCACCAGUAACAUUCUGAAGUUUCACGUUGGAACCGGUGAAACGUUGUUCUUUGAAAAGUGGCUAGUCAGUCAGGAUAAACAGUUCUUGGUAACCUGUGUCGCAGUGUUUUUUCUUGCCUUUUUCCAUGAAGGCCUCAAAGCGUUGGUUGAUUACGUCAAGAUGAGCAGAGACCGAGUCUAUGACGCCACGCAAUCUGCCACUGUGCGACAGACUUCAGAAAAAGACAAAACGGAAAAGACCGGAAACGCUGAAAGCAUGGGUCACGAACCGAGGUAA